AUGUUCGGAUUUCUCCUUUUUUCUCCACAGAAGGAAAUAUUUCUUACAGGACUGUGCAGUCCAGGUUUGCACUACGACGAAUCUGGCAAGCGGUGUCUUCCAUGUCCGAAAGGAACCUUCCAAGAGGAACACGGCAGAACUACUUGCGCCGCCUGUCCUGUCGGGACAACCACAGUGGCCGCAGGCACCAAGCUCCACUCAAAGUGCAUUCGUGAGCUAGCCACUCCGAAAUCUUAUUAAAAAAGGAACUAUUUCAGCCUUUUGUCCAAUAGGCUACUACUUUGACGAAGCUUCGAGGGUCUGUGAGCCUUGUGGACUGAGGGGUUACCAGCCAGAACGCGGCCAGGACAGGUUCCUCUUCAUUUUUCCCUUCAGUCGAACAUUUCCAGAUGCAUUCCUUGUCCUGAUGGAACCGUCCCAAUUUAUCAGAACUCGACGUCGCUGCAGCAUUGCUUGGGUUCAGUAGAAAAAUCCUUCUAUAUUCCCAGUCGUUUUCAGACAAAUGCAAAGCCGGACAGCAGCGGUCGCCCGACGGGUCCGUUUGCGAGCCUUGCGCCAUCGGAUCGUUCAAAUCCGCCGAAGAAUCCGUCUGUAUGAUGUGCCCCGCCGGAUUCACAACCCUUUCCAAGGCUUCCAAAUCUCUUACGUCCUGCAGCAUCAGUUUUGCUUCAAUGUUUUCGUCUUAUUUUCAGCGUUAAUUCUCAGAAAUCUGCUUCCCUGGAACGAUUCUGAACAUCAACACGGAGAAGUGCGAGCCCUGUGACUACGGUCUUUACAUGGACGAGUACGAUGGACGGAUUUGCAAGAGUUGCCCUGUCAGCACGACUACAUACCAAACUGGUCAGAGCCAUUUUUCCUUUAUGAACUUAAAUUCCUAAGAUUUCGAGCCAUACCGAGAUUCUUAGCUACUUUGACAAAUAGUUCGUCAACCUCUGUUCCCAGGAAAGAUGCUCUAUGUAAUCUAUGGGAGGCUUAAAAUAUUAUCCUUCAAUUUUUUCAAUAGUUUUCAAUAACGACCGCGUGAUUUUCAAUCGAAGCUGCAAAGUCAAGAAAAAUCAACAUUUGUUUUUCACAAGAGGUAGUUAGUUUUGCAGGUUGAGACUUCUAGGAAUUUAGUUUGAUACGAGUAUUUUGACAGGAUUACAAAAUAUUCUGAAUUAAAACGUUUCUUACUUACCUUGUGCAUUUGAUGAUGUUCAGCAACACCCAAUCUUGCUCGUCUUAUUGGGGACUCCUUUUGAAUUAAAAGUUAUCACGUAACGCAAUGAAGAAAAGUUUCCUAAACAUAAGAGAAUGUUUAUAAACAAAAUUUGAGUUAUUUUCUUUAGUUUGUCAACUUUUGACGUUUGUGAGUGAAUUUCAAAAAUAAUAAUUGCGUUUACAGGAGCCAACAGCGCGAAGAUGUGUGAAUGGACGAACCAAUGCAAGGCGGCUACACACAACUGUCACUGGCUCGCCGUCUGCAUAGACCUUCCUGACGAGAACCACAAAAAAAUGUUGGUCAUGCAACUUUCCCCGAGUUCAAACCCUCGGUUCAGGUACUCGUGCAAGUGCAAGCCAGGCUUCGUCGGCAGCGGGUUCCACUGCGUCGACGCCUGCCAGGGCUUCUGCCAGAACGGCGGCGUCUGUCUGAAGACGGGUCGCGGCGAGACCCGUUGCAACUGCGCCCAGGGCUUCUCCGGCCAGCGAUGUCAGGCCGUCGUCGACGAUGACGUGCUCCUUAUCAGCUGAGCCACUGUAAUAUGAUCCUCGCAUAUGAUGUAAAGACGUGCAAAUCGUUGUUAUCAGCCGUCGGCUAUAAAAGUCAUUUGCUUGACCCCCUGGGAAAGUACACAUUCUUGUCCGGCGUCAUGCUCAAGUUGUUGUUGAUCUUUCUGGUUCUCGCUGUUUUGGUUCAACCUCGACCUGUUAGUUUAACUUAUUUUAUCUCGUUUUCAUAAUUAUUAAUGAUCUACGUUUUUCUUGUAAUCAAAACUGUAAACUAAUAACUUUUGAUGUUUGUUUUGUUUCUAUAAAGAAUGGUCUUAGGUCGCAGUUUAACUUCGGAAUUAAAUUAGAUGUAUUUUUUCGGAAAUCUACCCUGGAAAAUUUUUGAGAUACUUAGACAAGAAGGUUUAUUUUUCCUAAUUGAGAUUUUUUUCAUUUUUACAAAAACUUCUUCACGGUCAGCAAGAUUCAAAAUUAAAUUUGUGGAUCCUAGCCUCCUUCAAAAGUUUUGCUAUUACUCAAAGCCAUUUUUUUAUUUUUUUAUUGAUAGGUUCUUUCUUUACAUUCCACAAUCAAUUUCAAUCUCGAAUUUCAUUUUUUUAAAUUUAAUAAAAUUUGAUCUUAAAAUUGUUUCUUUCAUUUAAAAAAAUCUUCAGGUAAUGAAAAAGCGGUUUCACGGCGAAUAGACUUGCCGGAACUUCACCUCAAACUGACGUAACGACUUUUUCCAGUUGUUUCUCAAAAGUCAGCUCUUGUUUCAGUUCAACGGCGACUUCUGGCACGAUCUGA